UCCAAAAUGCCUUCAUCGCUUAAACGCCGCCCCACACGCUCUUUCACUUUAUCUUCUCUUUCAUUUGCAUAUAAAAAACUCCAUAGAUUCAAAUACUCCAUCAAUAAAUCACAGUUGCCUAGUUGCCCUUGCAAACCUUACCGGAAAACGAUGUCGGACUGGGGUCCAAUUAUCGUGGCGUUGGUUCUUUUCGUGCUGCUAACGCCGGGGUUGUUGUUUCAAGUUCCCGGCCACCACAGGUGCGUGGAGUUCGGCAACUUUAAGACCAGUGGGGCUUCGAUUCUCGUACAUUCGUUGUUGUAUUUUGGGCUCAUUUGUGUGUUUUUGUUGGCUAUUAAGGUUCAUUUGUAUUUAGGUUGAUGACAAAUGGUUGAUCCUAUCUCAUCUUUGGCUGUUUUAAAUUAAAAUAAAAUUAGUAUUUCAUUUUUCAUUC